AUGACUUAUCCAUCCAUUACUCCACCAUGCCUCAGCUAUCCAUUACUCCAUCCAUGCCCUCCACCAUACCAGCUAUCCAUUACUCCACCAUGCCUCAGCUAUCCAUUACUCCACCAUGCCUCAGCUAUCCAUUACUCCACCAUACCUCAGCUAUCCAUUACUCCACCAUGCCUCAGCUAUCCAUUACUCCACCAUGCCUCAGCUAUCCAUUACUCCACCAUACCUCAGCUAUCCAUUACUCCACCAUACCUCAGCUAUCCAUUACUCCACCAUGCCUCAGCUAUCCAUUACUCCACCAUGCCUCAGCUAUCCAUUACUCCACCAUGCCCUCAGCUAUCCAUUAAUAGCCCACCAUGCCUCAGCCAUCCAUUACUCCACCAUGCCUCAGCUAUCCAUUACUCCACCAUGACUCAGCUAUCCAUUACUCCACCAUGGCCCAGCCAUCCAUCCACCAUGCCUAGCUAUCCACCACCAUGCCUCAGCUAUCCAUUACUCCACCAUGACUCACCCAUCCAUUACUCCACCAUGACUCAUCCCAUUAAUCCACCAUGCCUCAGCCCAUUACUCCACCAUGCCUCAGGUAUCCAUUACUCCACCAUGCCUCAGCUAUCCAUUACUCCACCAUGCCUCAUAUCCAUUACUCCACCAUGCCCUCAGGUAUCCAUUAAUCCACCAUGGCUCCAUCCAUUACUCCACAUGCCUCAGCUAUCCAUUACCCACCAUGCCUCAGGUAUCCAUUACUCCACCAUGCCUUAG